AUGGACCACAACCACGAAUCUGUGCCGCCCGAAAACAUUGACACGACAGAAAUUUUCAAAGGGCACGCUUUGCAGGAUUUUCGCACGCUGAGUCCAUCGUCCCCAAAAAGUCGGUUUGACGACUUCCUUACAUGUCUGUUAUAGCACGAGAGCAAACACUGGUUCUGCGUGCGCAGUUCAAGAGACUGAUGCAAAACGGCAUAUUUGGUAGCUACGCUGAUAUGAUUUCCAAGAUAAGAGAGUACGAAAAGGUAUGUUAAAGUGUAAUCACCCACUUGAGAAUUUCAGGAAGCCAGUUGUAGUUUCAGAAUCUCCCACAGCAGCAGGCUGCCUUUGGACCAUCCUGAAUUUAGCACAUUAAAAUAUGCGUACGUCUAUUUCGCCUGCAUCCAUGGAGGGAGGCGUAGUUAGGGAAAUUCAAGUCGGAGAACAAAGUACAUUUUUUCUAGUUAAAUGCCAAUGUGUCAGAUCAAUGCGGUUUCGCUGCCCGGCAAGAUUCACCGCGGUGAGAUUUUGUGGCGAACUCCACGUCAGGUCGGUGUACAUGAUGCAUAACCACAUCUGUAACCGUACGUUGGUGUUUGCAUACCCAAGAUUCCGCCGCCUUGAAGGCGAAGUCGGCCAAGGACUUCUCAAAAGGAUUUCCCAAAUAAGGCCUUCCAUCGGUCGGUUGAAGGUUUAUUUAGGUAGUAAGCAUUCUCUUUAAAAUCAGUUCUGUAGGUUCGUUUGGGAUAAACUACAAAAUGAAGGACCUUGCAAACAUGCAAAGGCGCGUCUUUAAAUCUGACCCAAAGGUGAUGGGGAUGACUGACGCCCUCUAUCAAAUGAAGGGAGGAUGGUACCCUGAUUUCCUCUACGGGGAAAAAGGCCUCCAGGCUGUCUGCUUCACAACGCCAGCACUGAAAGCCGUGUUCGCUCAGUAUGCAAAGAUGGUGCAGAUGGACGGCACGUAUCGCACUAACCGCCACGGUUUUGUGUUAUACCGCAUAGUCAUCACUGACAAGCAUGGUCAUGCGCAGUCGGUGUUCUACUCCUUCAUAUACGGAGAAACGGCCGAAAACAUCGAAUGGGUCGUUCGUAAAUUUAAGGAACUGAUGGGCCCUGCUACCAAGGAAAUACGGACGGUUUUUAUCGACAAGAAUUUCAAAGAAAUACCCUAAUAGCCAAGCGAGCUCGCCGCGAGCUAACGUACUCUAGGGGGAUAGUGGGUCUUCAGCCUGCUCGUGAUUUGAUUGGUUCCUGGGUCGGGUGCGCCGGCGACGCGAAGCGCGCAAGCGGCCGCGCAUACUUGCACUUGAUUAUCGAUUGGUCUCGGCGGCCGAUAGUCCUCCCGCCUUCGCCGGUGCCACUUUUUGCUUUCUCACGCUGCACUGCGCACGCCGUGUCUCGGUCAACGCUGCCACCGCCUGUCUUUGCCUUGUUUCACUUGUCUUUGUGUUCUCCGUUGUCCCCUUUUCUCACAGUUAUAUUUACUCCUGUUAAUAGGCGUAAAAUACGGCGCCAAGCACUUAGAGUAGCUGAAGAAAUAAUACGAAGAGGCGGGUGAAAUGCCGUCGUCGGACACAUCAUCCGGUAGUUGGUCGGAAAGCGACACAGACGAUUCUAUGUCCUCAACUUCGCUGGCGAACGAAUGCUCUUCUUCCUCGGAGGGUACGGGUGUGUCUACGGACGAAGAAGUUGGUUCAACGGCAGAAGUAGAGGAGGAAGAUUCAAGCCCUCGUGAAAGUUUGCGAAAGUGGGCUUUACGGUCGAAAGUUCCGCAGUCUCACUUGAACGAUCUGCGGAAGGCUUUGAAACCGUGGUUGCCGGACCUACCUGCUGACGCACGAACGCUGUUGGGCGCGACAUACUUCUCUGCACCGCGCACGGCAAUGGUCAGCGGUGAGUACAUGCAUUUGGGUCUUGCCACUCAGGUCAACGCGCAGUUGCGUAAUCUAGCUCUGCCCCCUUCGGUAGAAGAAGUAGUUGUAAGCCUAGCAAUAGAUGGUCUUCCAAUCCAUGGGAAGACGAAGCGUGAAUUUUGGCCUAUUUUAGGUAGAAUUAGGAAGCCAAUAUUAAGUAAGGUCUUCACUGUAGGCAUAUACUGUGGAGCUGGUAAGCCUUCGGACGUGCAGGCGUUCUGCAAACCGCUUGUCGACGAUUUAUUAUCGUUGGAGGAAGACGGUUUGCUGCUCGAUGCGGGUGACAGAACUCUGCGUUUCCGUCUGGCUUCCGUCAUCUGUGACGCUCCAGCAAGAGCUUUCAUUAAGCAGAUUAAGAUUGUUAAUGCUUACUAUGGCUGCGAACGCUGCAUCGGAUGUUUUUCUUAGACAUCUUGAUGCAAACGGAGGGGUAGAGACUAGCAGUGAGUGGGUGGAAACGUGUAGAUGUCGGUUCUUUUCGAGCUGGGAACUACCAUGUGUCCACAUAGUCAACUGUAUAGCCUCCAAAGCAGCUGAUCCUCAGCUCGCCCUGACAAACUGCAGAUGGCUAACCGCGAAGGAAGUGGUAGAAGUGGCCAGUUUCAGCGGGUAUCCUGACCAGCAACCAACCACGAGUUUCCUCUCGGACGUCGUUCUAAAGAACAAGCUGCCUCCAUUCACUGAGGCAUACAAGUACCGCGAAGCGAUGAAGCGCAUAGAACCCAUUCUCGAGAAACUCAAGAGAAGCGGCCGAAGGCGCUUCAGUAAACUCCUUCGUAAGUUGGACGCUUUCGCAGACGAAAUCGUAAACGGCGGGACUUCUGAUUCCCCCGACCAAUUGCCGCCUUAUCCCGUGGAGGCGAACGCGGGCGGUCGGUGAGGGUCAAAUGGUUGCGCGAUGUUUUAUGAGGCGGGAGGGCGACAUUUUGUGCGCACAUUCAGGGGCUGGGCAUCAGCAGCCCUUUUUAGUGCUGCACAAUGACAGGUUGCUCCCCAACUUCCACGUCCGGGGUCGACCACGUGUGAAACCGCCGACAAUAAGGCCGUUUACAGCCAGACGUGGUUCAGAUUACACUGCUGUUAACCAGCCUAGUCGAUCGAUGUCUGAUACACCUCUAGCCCUAAGGAACAGAAGACAGCGACUGUCGGGCAGUUUGUCUGAUCAGAAAACCGUCCGUAGUCAGUCAAUCAGUCGUCUGUGAUAGUUAUUGUGAUAGCAGGCAAUGCGCUUGCCAAGCCGAAAGGCGCUAACAUGGCUGUGAUAAGUAUGCAAAUGUCUCCAGUGCUAUAUUCUUUGCUUGUCGAACGUAGUUCCUUGGUAGCAUGACCCUGAUUUCCUACUUUGAAAUGUAUGGCACGGCAAAGCAACAACCAGAGGCAUCUGAGCGAACGUCGGCGUAAAUAGACGACGGCACAGUCAUUGGUAAGUGGAGUGAGGUAAAGUUGAAUGUGUUCCGCACAGACGCAACCUUCAACAGACCGCUUGUGAAAGUGAGAAACUGA